AUGUCGCAACUCCUCCCCGGAUUGAACGCGCAAGCCACAAUCACCAUCAAGCCAGAGGACGUCCCUACUUUCCUAAAAGAGCUGCAGCCGAUAUACGAAAAAGUGACUGCAGAACCGCAGUGUAUUUCCUUCGAGGUGUUUCAGUCGACAGACAAUCCUGGCGUCAUCCACCUAGUCGAAAAUUGGACCGAGUCUGUGCAAUGGUUCAUGGAAGUUCAAGCAAAAAAAGAGUAUUACAAGGCUUAUUUUGAGGCGAUUAAGCCACUCUUCGUGGAGCCGCUCAAGUUUCAGAUUUUCAAUCGGCUUCUAUUUUCGUAUAAAGCUUAG